AUGGCGGGGUGCCGAAGGCAUCGCUCUCGUUGGAUGAUGACAGGGUGCCGAAGGCAUCUCUCUUGUCAAAUGAUGACAGGGUGCCGAAGGCAUCGCUUGUCAAAUGAUGACGGGGUGCCGAAGGCAUCGCUCUCGUCGGCUGAUGGCAGGGUGCCGAAGGUGAUGAUGGGGUGCCGAAGGCACCGCUCUCGUCGGAUGAUGACAGGGUGCCGAAGGCAUCUCUCUUGUCAAACGAUGACAGGGUGCCGAAGGCAUCGCUUGUCAAAUGAUGACGGGGUGCCGAAGGCAUCUCUCUUGUCAAAUGAUGACGGGGUGCCGAAGGCAUCGCUCUCAUCUAAUAAUGACAGGGUGUUGAAGGCAACGCUUUGUCAGAUGAUGACGGGAUGCCGAAGGCAUCGUUCUCGUCUAAUGAUGACAGGGUGCCGAAGGCAUCGCUCAUGUCAAAUGACGGGUGCCGAAGGCAUCGCUCUCGUCUAA